AUGGCCACCGAAGAGUCCGUACGACAAGGCAAUGACACAAUACAAUGGCAUGUUCGCAAGCCGACCAUUAAAGCCUCCCUCGAGACGAAACUACUCUGUUCUCUCCUGGACGUCAUGAGCUCACCAGAUCUCAAACAGGUCACAUAUGCUCAAGAACCUUACUUCCCUCUCGUCGAAAAGCUCUGCUAUCGAUACCACCUCAGACCUGGUACUGCAGUAGGCCUCGAUAAGGUCCUCGAAAUGUACAAAAUCCCGAACGACGAUGUUCUCUACAAAUCAGUUCUUUUUGAGAUCAAAACCCACAAAAAGAAGAAGUGGACUGGUGCCGUGGAGUAUCACAUCGAAGGACAAGCCAAAGUGCUUUACGAAGGAGGUGAUAUCGCGAAAAAUCCUGCCUCGAACAAGAGCUUUGAAUGUCGCCGAGAGUACAGCUGGGAAGUCUCAGCUGGGGAGACGGAGCUGGCGGAACUCUCUGAGGAGCUGAACUGGGAGUGCAUUGCAACAAUAUUGGAGUUCUAUGUUACAUAUACAUACACAGCGGCUGGAUCGAAAAGAGAUUAUGCAGGACAGAGGAAAUGCAAAGACAAGCACCCUAACCCUUUGGAGAGUUUAGGAUACUUGGGCUGGCUUGGAACGCCGACCGAUGAAAAUCGUCCUAAUUUCAGACGCAAGCCCUAG